CUUGUAGAGAAUUAUACGGUGUGGCGGUGCGGUCGAUGAUGACAUGGCCAAUAUAAUUGUAGCACAGCUUCUUUAUCUUGAUGCAGUUGAUCCUGCGAAGGACAUUGUCAUGUAUGUGAACUCUCCUGGAGGAUCAGUAACAGCUGGUAUGGCAAUUUUCGAUACAAUGAGGCAUAUUCGUCCGAAUGUUUCCACUGUAUGUGUUGGAUUAGCAGCCAGGUAUCCAAUUUAUGGUCUUAUCUCUUGUAUGGUAGCUUCAUACCAACAUGUAGUCUUACAUAUUCUUGCAACAAGUCAUUUGAGUGAACAUAGAU